UAUCGUUUACAUCCACCUGAGAAGGCCUCAUUAGAUUUAAUUUCUCAUCCAAAGGUCAGGUACCUUUGACAGUGCAGCAUUAUCCCAGUGCUACACUAUGUGCUUAAGUGCUGGGCAGCGUUUGAAUCUCUACCCUCAACCCCAGAGGGAAGAGUAUUACCACUGCGUAGAGGCUGAGGGCCAGUCAACCCUCUGCGGCCAUGCAAAUAGGGAAAGGAAAGAUCAAACACGAUCUCCAGGAGAAAGGGGAUUACUAGUUUGAGACGUGUAAACAUCAUUCCACCCCAUUUUGAAGUCAUACAUUCUUUCCUUUAUCUUCGAUACCUGUGGCAUUUUGGGAAUGAGUAGAGCUGAUCAGUUAAGGAUUCUCUGCCGUAUAGGCUAAGGAGCUGGGCAAUGCAAUACUAGUGAAAGGGCGCAAUUUUGGCGAGUUGAGAUAGACACUUUCCUUGACAAACGGAAAGCGCACAUAGAAAAUUAGAAUGGGGGAAAAAAUUUGUUGCAGAGGGAGGCAGCUGGACAUCUGAUUUUUAAUAUUCUGCAGAUAAAUAAGUGGCGGGGUAGCCCGCCCCGCAGUCAGUCAUGAACUAUUUUUCAAAAGGCCACAAAAUUAGACUUUGCACUGGAUUUUUAAAGGUGUUGCUCAGCAGGUCACAGAAUGCAAGAUCAAUAAUGCCUACAUUUGGAGAAACUUGCAGUCGCUUUCCUUCCAAGUUUUGUUUUUUUUUGUUAAACGAAAAGCGACGAAUUUUGUCUUGCGGGAUCAGCAGUGUCACCUCACGGUCUGACCGUUCCUCCCCCCCCCCAAAAAAAGCCCGUUCUCGCUCGGGAAGGAACCUGUACCCCUGCCAAGGUCUUGGGAGCGACUCCCAGCCCUGACGUCAGAUGUCUUCCCCCACAUUUGGAUCGGAACAAGAGCGAACUGAAGGUUCAUUAAUUAAUUCAUUAAUCACUCUCUCUCUCUCUUUCUCUUUCUCUCCUUUUUUUGGUGCGACGGGAGGGGGGUGAGAGAACAAAGCAAAAAAGUUCCUUGUUGCGAGGAGACAGCAGCGGGAAUUGGUCCUGUUCCGCCCCGAUGUGUGAGUUUCAGCCCCCCGAGCCGUGAAACUGACCAGCGCAGGAGACCAGGAAGAACGGAGUCAACAGGAAAAGUCCAAACUUUAGCCUGUUGUGGGAUUGCAGAUCGAGACAGCUGCAGAAAGGCCGAGGAGAGUUGAAAACCUUUCCGUCGCGAGAUGUUCGAGAAAAGAAACAUUUUCGUCUUGGUGGAUGUGCUGUGUGUGAUUGUGGCAUCGUUACCGUUUGUCAUAUUGACGCUGCAGGCUCAACCAAAUAAACGAGGAUUUUACUGCAAUGAUGACAGCAUUAAAUACCCAUACAAAAAGGACACCAUUUCACACUGGCUGAUGGCAGCAGUUAUCAUUCCAGUCUGCAUCAUAAUUAUUACCGUCGGAGAAGCUUUUAUGGUUCACCAAAAGAAACUGUAUUCGAGGUCUGAGUUCAACAACUAUGUGGCUGCAUUGUACAAGGUGGUGGGAACCUUCAUGUUCGGGGCUUCAGUGAGCCAAUCGUUGACCGAUAUUGCAAAAUACACUGUUGGACGCCUUCGGCCAAGUUUUCUGGCUUUGUGUAGCCCCAAUAUGUCACUGGUGAACUGUUCACAGUACGUCCAGAUAGAUGUUUGCACAGGGUCAGCUCGUGAUGUCACUGAAGCAAGGUUAUCCUUCUAUUCCGGCCACUCAUCAUUUGGAAUGUACUGCAUGGUGUUUCUUUCACUGUAUGUGCAGGUCCGUUUACAUGCAAAAUGGGCCAGGCUUUUGCGGCCAACCAUCCAGUUCUUCCUGCUGGCUUUUGCAAUUUACGUAGGUUAUACCCGUGUCUCUGAUUAUCGGCACCAUUGGAGUGACGUGUUGGCUGGAUUCCUCCAAGGAGCAAUUGUGGCUAUUUUAAUUGUGCGAUACGUUUCAGAUUUCUACAAACAAAGGCCCCAGUAUACGGAGGAUUUGGAAGCUUCAGAACCUGAGAGAAAACCCAACAUUCCCUUAACUGAAGCGGAGCCUAUGAAUCACUAUGGCACACGGCACAUUCCCUGACUUGCCAGUGUCCAUUCCGUUGCCACAAAAUCAGUGCUUUUCCCUUUGAGCAUUAGAGGAAACCUGGAAUUUCCUUCCUUCAUAUCUUAAACUUUGUUCUGUUUUCUGUGGCUUAAUGUUGAAGACACAUUUCAAUCUCUGGGUUAAAAGGAGCACUGACUUACUUGAGACAAUGAGACCGGAUACAGAUAGGCUCUCAGACAGGCUGAUGAAGCAUGUUGCUGCAUAUAUCACUGCCAGGAGUAAAACAGAAAAGAUCAUGCCUGAAAAUAUUAACUUUGUGCAAAAUUCCUUUAAUAUUAAGACAAUUUACAUGGGUGCUAUUUUCGACAACAAAAUUCCAACCUUUCCUUUUGAUGCCCUGUAUCAUGUCCUGAAUGCAACAAGUGGGUAGAGUUGGGCUGUUGACUCUUACCAGACAUUUGCUAAUGCUGCUCUACCAGAAGAGGUGCAUGAGCAAUCCAGGACUGAGCUGUCUGUUUUCCCCAAACUGUCCACUUUUUUUUUAUUUCCCAGCACCAGAGUUGGCUGAGAUAAGAAACUCCACAUGCAGGCAAUAAUGGAGAAAACGCAGCAGGUCCCUCACACUUAAUGUGAAGAACAUUGUGGAGCAGCUUGACCUGAUUUGUACCUGAUGUUGGAGAAACACCAUUGAGGAGAAUUUGGUUUGGUGGGACAACUUUUUUUGAGAAUUCAGAAAGAAAAGCUAGAAUCCCUGUGCGCUUAAGCUUUCAAUGUGUAUUGAAAGACACUGCUACCCCAUUCUUCCUCCAUUGUAACCGGAGGGAAAUGCUUGACUGAGCUAGCUAAUCUCGUCUGAGGCAACAUUGAAUCCCGUUGGUUCCCCUGCUGCUGAACUAGGGACAGGGUCAAAUUCAACCCAGAGUUCCUGCUUCUGAUCACCACCCAUCUGAUGUGCGCAGUUAUCAAGUGUGGGCAGCAUUAGGCUCAACGCUGAUAUCCCUGCCCUUCAGGAGCAAAUAAUCAGCUACCAUUGACUGGGUUCAUUUGGGGAUGAUGCUUGUACAGUCAUGUCUAGCAUAGCUCACUAGGUUUUGGAGAGGAAGAAGGUAAAUUGAAAGGAUAAGACACGACUGGUGUUUAAUGGAUAAGUACCUUGAAUAUAUACAUUAAUCUGAGUGCUUUACUGUCAAAUGCCAAAACAAGGAUUGAUGUGUUUACAAUAUGUAAUGCAAUGAUAACGCUCUGUCAGUAGCGAUAGCUUCUGAAGCAAGCAACACAAGUUCUUUCGGUGUGUACCCUUUUGCCCUUUGGCUUAUUUCCAAUGAGUGUGUUGAGCCACAGAAAACAAGAACAAAGAUUAAAUCCUUAUUUUAAGGCAGAGACUGAAUAUUCUGAGCAAUAGUGUAACUAGCCGUUCUAAUAUAAACAGAAAUACCUGUAAAAAAAAAUAAAAUGGCAGCUAGUGUUGUGAAAUUUAUUAACUAUCUUGAUCCUGACAGGCUGUUAAUGAGUUACUUGUGUAUAUAUAUAAUGGCCUAUUUGUAGUUUAUGUGCCUAGUAUGUUGUUACAGUCAGAAAACUUGGAACUGCCUUGAGAUCGAAGCUUUCUACCAUUUGUGUUGAAUGUAGUUCCUAUGAAGCAAGUCUCUUUGCUGAUAAGACCACAGGGAGAUUCAGAUAUGCAUACUUUGCUGCAUUUGUAUCAGGCCAAACAUUUGUAUCAUGACACAUAUUUACAGUACAGUGCAGAGGUAGGUCUCUGAACUUUGGGCUUAAUGACACCUAGCUAGCUGCAGAUUUAAACUGCAAUGUUGUCAUGCCUUCGUAUAUGAAUUAUUAAUAUCACAGGUCUUUCUUCUAAAUGUCUAGUGGACCUGUCAAGAUUCGUAGAAGUGAGGAAGAUCGGUAAGGAUAGCAUAUGAGGCCAGAGAACAGCCACCUCGAUCCCUACCCACCAAGAAUCCCACCCCAAAGGAGAGCUGUGCUCUGCGAGUCUCUCAAUUCUUGUUUCAAAUGGAGCUGCAAAGGUUUGGUGCGCUCCACAAUACUUGUGUCUGUGCAUUUAGACUUGCAAGAAAUAAAUAUGAAAUUAGUACAGAAAUCAGAAGGUGUGUGUUCCUCUUAUGUGGGCAGGAUUUACAUUGCCAGGUCAAUGUUGAAGAUGAAACCAUACCAGAUUUUAUACCACUUAAGUGCAGGAGUGUAAACAGGUCUUGAGAUGCUUUUUUGAAACUGAAUCUUGAAGCUUUUCUUUUUUUAGGUGUUUUGUAUAUGACUACAUGUGUAUUGGAGAUAUUGAGGAUAAUUUGGUGAAUGGAAGUUUAGCUUGUUGUGACUAAUUAAUUUCAGAAUGCAUACACCAUCAAUAUACAAAAAAAAUGAAAAAUAUGCAACAUUUAAAUGUGUAGAGCUCUUUUUUAUAAAAUCAAGUAAACAAAAAUGAAGGCUUGAUAAUUCCUCUAAAUAUUCACAAGCAUUUGUGCUUUGAGUAAAACAAUGCUGUUCAAAAUUUUAUAGCAUGGCCUUGCUCACUGAACUAAUUGUAAAGUUGCUUUAGGUUUGUGGGUAAAAAAUUAUACCUUUGGUGAAAUUUAUAAAUUUUCUUGUGUUAUAAUUGCAGUACAAAAGUGGAGAGAUUUUAUGAAUGAUGUAUUAAAAUGAUUUUUUUUACA